CUCAGUUGUUUUCGAGAUUCCGUCGCGUGCGGUUCGCUGCCUGAUCUCCCCACGUCGCUCGCUCAAUCCAGGCCGGAUCCGGCGGCCUUUCGACGUUCACGUACGCGCACAAAGUUAUAUUUAUUUCCCGAUGAAUGAACGACAUCGCAUCAAAUCAACGCACACAAAACGAGAAACAAGCAAGGAGAAUUUAGCUAAUCAAUCCGCUGGCGGCCAUUUAUCGUUGGCACUAUUUCAGUGCUGUCGUCGCAGGGCUUGCCCCCUGAUUUGUAAGUGCAAUUUGUUCGAGUCACGGCACGACAGCGAAAAAGUUUUCUCGAAAAAAUAAUUUGCAACACGUGUUAACACAGUGCGUAUGAGGAAUAUAUGCCCAGCAAAUUUGUGUUAGUGCGAGUGCCUGUGCCUGUGCCCCCGAGUGUGUGUGCGUGAGUGUGCGGCACAUGGCUUCGAUUUGAAAAGUUUGGCAAAAAUGCAAAUCGAGAAAAAACCACACGGCAAAAAUCACCGUUUGUCUUGCCACUUCUAACAUUUGUGCAUGUAGCGCAAUCAGAAUCUGAUAAUCGUAGCAACAAAAGCACAAAUCCAAACAAAAAAUAACAAACAAAAACUAAAAACAAACACGGAUACGUAUCAUCAAUAAAUAAUCAAAAUACAGCGCUCAAACAACCAAAGAAUUAAGCAAAUAUUAGAUUAGGUUAUCCAAUACUAGUUCAUAUCGCCGAUCGUUUUUGUUACCCAGAGCGAAGUCCUUAACAUUUACCCACACACCUAUCCAAGCCCCCGAUUCCCGCAGAAAAUGUUACAGCAUCCCGCCACAGAUUUCUACGACUUGGCGGCGGCCAAUGCGGCUGCCGUCCUUACCGCCCGGCACACGCCUCCUUACAGUCCCACGGGUCUCAGUGGGUCGGUGGCUCUGCACAACAACAACAACAGCGCCACCAGCAACAACAACAACAACAACAACAGCAGCAGCACCCUGGACAUCAUGGCGCACAACGGAGGAGCAGGCGGUGGCCUCCACCUGAACAGCGGCAGCAACGGGGGCGGCGGGGUGGUCAGCGGCGGAGGCUCCGGCGGCAGGGAGAACCUGCCCAGCUUUGGCUUUACCCAGGAGCAGGUGGCCUGUGUCUGCGAGGUUCUGCAGCAGGCGGGCAAUAUCGAAAGACUGGGCCGCUUCCUCUGGUCGCUGCCACAAUGUGAUAAGCUGCAGCUGAACGAGUCCGUGCUGAAGGCCAAGGCGGUCGUUGCAUUCCAUCGUGGCCAGUACAAGGAGCUGUACCGCCUGCUCGAGCAUCACCACUUCUCGCCCCAAAAUCACGCCAAGCUCCAGGCCCUGUGGUUGAAAGCGCAUUAUGUGGAAGCCGAAAAACUGCGCGGAAGACCCUUGGGUGCUGUUGGCAAAUAUCGUGUUCGCCGUAAAUUCCCAUUGCCCCGCACCAUUUGGGACGGCGAGGAGACGAGCUACUGUUUUAAGGAGAAAUCCCGCUCGGUAUUGAGAGACUGGUACUCGCACAAUCCAUAUCCAUCGCCCCGCGAGAAACGCGAUCUGGCCGAGGCCACAGGACUGACCACCACGCAGGUUUCCAAUUGGUUCAAGAAUCGACGACAAAGAGAUCGAGCUGCCGAACACAAAGACGGCUCCACGGACAAGCAGCACUUGGACUCCUCCAGCGACUCGGAGAUGGAGGGCAGCAUGCUGCCCAGUCAGAGUGCGCAGCAGCAACAGCAGCAGCAGCAGCAACAGCACUCGCCCGGCAACAGCAGCGGCAACAACAACAACAACAACAACAGCGGCCUGCACCAGCAGCAACUGCAGCAUGUUGCCGCCGAGCAGAGCCUGCAACACCACCCGCACCAGCAACAUCCCGCCAGCAAUAUCGCCAGUGCCGCCAGCAAAAGCAGCAGCGGGUCUGGUGGGGGGGUGGGUGGAGCCAGUGGCGCCCAAAUGCAAAUGCCCCCGCUCACCGCCGCCGUGGCCUACUCGCACCUGCACAGCGUGAUGGGGGCCAUGCCCAUGACCGCCAUGUACGACAUGGGCGAGUACCAGCACUUAUGAUUCUAGUUGGAGGCGGCCGCCGCCGCCGGUGGCAGUAGCGGCGUCGGCGGCAGCAGCAACAUGGGCGCCGGCGGCAGCAGCAACACCGCCUGGCAGCAGCGACAUCGCCACCAUCAGCAGCAGCAGCACCAGCAGCAUCCGCAGUCCGAGAGCUUCUACUUCUGAGGAUAGUUACUUAGCAAUACCGCCGGAAUCCAUCAGCAUAGCAACACAAACUUUACAUAUCGCACAGUUGCUGAAAGGCUGUCAUGACUCAACUCAACAAUUAUAGCCUUCGCUAUCUUUAUGGGAAGUGAAGCCAUAAGAGGUCAUGUUAGGACUUCAGUUUAAAAUCUACCACGUUAGUUGGUUGGGUUAGCAGAAUGUCAAGGAGCAAGACAUGACAUGGAGAAAUGGGUUACUUUUUAAUCCUAAUAGUUUCAGUCCUGACAGUAUUUUAGCUAACUACCGAUAUGCAAUUAUAGACUACCACACCUUCUGGAUAACUUGGCAUUUUCCGCAACGAGAAAUAGAGAGAAAUAGAAAUAAUGAGACAAGGCCACCAAGCUGCAGCACAAGCUUUUGGAAGAAAACUCCGGAAGAAUACACUUUAACUAUGAUUACGGCAUCGAUCUGUGUAAAUAGCUAGGCUUUAGUUUUAGAGCGGUUGGGCGGCCAACCGAAAUGCAAAUCAAAUCGAAACGUGCAAAAAUUAUAUAUAUAUACCUACGUACAUGCAUAAAUUAUACACUUUUAAUUGUAGCGACUAGUAAUUCUAUUUUUGUUAAAAAUAAACUCUAUUAAAUUAUUUUCAAAUGCA